ACAGUCUUCAAAGUUGCAAGGUUCUGUUGUUGGCGAUUGUUUUUACUCCGUAAGCUGUUAUUUUCUAACUCAUUUGUUUCACUGCAAGUAUGUGUUGAUUUGAUUAAAAGUUAGUUGAGUGUCUUAUACUUUGAAUUUAUCAUCAUAAAUUGUAAAAUCGGUGGUGGAGCUGUGGUCCUAUUGUUGUGUUAUGGACAAGGCAUGGGUGUGGCUUCCAAGGGCUAGCCGAGAGUAUGUGGAAGGAGCAACAAAUUUUGUGACUGCAUCAUCAAGGAGGUUGGGGAAUCCAUCUGAAAUUUUCUGUCCCUGCAUCGAUUGCCGCAAUGUUUGCCAUCAACUUGUAGACACAGUAGUGGACCAUCUUGUGAUCAAGGGUAUGAAUAAGAAAUACAUGAGGAAUUCGUGUUGGAGUAUGCAUGGUGAAAGAAAGUCUGAUAUUUCUGAUAGUGUUCCCACAUCAGAAACUGAGGCUUAUGAUUUGCUUAGGACGGCUUAAUUUACUGGUGAAGGCAGUCCAGAGCCAUCAAA